CCAUGAAGCGGAAGUCAGCUCCGAGAGAAUCAUGUGAAAACAAUCACCGGAACUUUCUCAUUACUUUUAAGUUUAUCAGUCCUGCUGCGACAUGCUUCACAGGGAGAUCUUCGUGUGUCUGAAGCUGCUGCUGCUUCCCCUCCAUGUUGUUGCUCAGUUGCGGACUGACGGACUGCAGCAGUGGCCUGUUCCCUACAGGCGCUUUGACAGGCGACCUCCAGUGGACUCCUACUGUGAAGCCUUCUACCCAUUCUGUCCCACCGGAGACCACGAUGGACGGUUUCCCUACAUGAGAGACAGCGACAUCAUCUCGGUUUACAGGCUGCAGACGCCUGUGUGGGAAUUCAAGUACGGUGAUGUGCUGGGGAAGCUCCACAUCAUGCACGAUGCUAUUGGCUUCAGCAGUUUGGAGACUGGAGCUAAUUACACCAUGGAGUGGUACGAGCUCUUCCAGCUAGGCAACUGUACCUUCCCUCACCUCAGGCCGGAGAUGUUCGCACCAUUCUGGUGCAACCAGGGAGCUGCCUGCUUCUUUGAAGGCAUAGAUGACUUGCACUGGUCGCAGAACGGCACCCUGGAGAAAAUUGGAGAAGUCACAGGGAGUCAGUUCAAUGCAAUGGCCCAGUGGGUGCAGGACGACAACAAGACCGGGAUCUACUACGAGACUUGGACUGUUUGCUCUGACCCGAGUCCUAAUGCAACGGUGUGGUUCGAGUCGUACGACUGCUCCCAGUUUGUCCACCGCACGUACAGGAAGCUGACCGAGCUGGUGUCCAGCCGGUCACAGACCAACUACACCAAGAUCUACCUGUACAGCGGGGAGCCCGCCUACCUGGGCAACGACAGCGCCAUAUUCGGACAGCCCGCGCUAAAAAACCUGGCGACGGACAUCCGCCAGUUUUACCACACGUUCAGGCCGCACCAAUCAAUCUUUGACCUCGCUUUCAGCCUGCUGGAAGCCUAUAAGAUGGUUGUGUUGGACAAGAGCUUUUACCUUUACUACAACUUUGAGUACUGGCACCUGACCAUGAAACAUCCAUAUGUGCAGAUUACAUAUGAAGAGGUGCCUUUGCCUUAACAACCAGCCUGUACACAGUUUUUAUUUCUGUUUUUGAGUUUAAAAGUCAUCACUAGUC